AUGGCCCAUUACAGUUCAUGGAACCAUAUCGAGCGAUGUGACGCAAAAGAAGGAACAUCACGACUUCAUCCUCCAACCCGCCAUACCACGUCGAUGGAGUCAACCACAAAUCGCGCUAUUAGCGACUACGUCGCCAAAUUUCCCAAUUCUCUCAAGCUUCUUCGUCAGCGACGGGAAGAAAACAGCUAUCGUCGAUCCAUCGAUUCAACGAAUGUCGAUACUCGCCGACAUCUUGUCAAUGUUCGACAACAGUACACAGCGCACACUGCGAGUGCCCAAAUGGAAACAUGA